CAGUUUCGCAAGAAACAUAACUGCAAUAUGAAGCUCUUUAUCGCUGCUUUAUUAACUCUCUGUGGUGUAGCUGCUGGUAACUAUGUGCGAGUUUGUUACUACACGAACUGGUCUCAAUACCGCAGACAACCAGUGAAGUUUUUUCCAGAAAACAUCGACCCUUCUUUGUGUACACAUAUUGCAUUCGCGUUUGCUAAAAUUAAUCCAGUAGUAGGAAGAUGUGAGUGUAUCAGCGCAAACUUAAAUUGUUAUAUUUAUCUAUACAUCUAUAAUCUUCACCAAUUGUGCAUAAACAUUUUUGUUUUUAAAACUAUUAAAAUCCACAUCAUAAUUUUUAUCGUAGAUCAUACUUUGGGAACAUUUGAAUGGAAUGACGAGGCAAUGUACCAAAAAAUAAUGGCAAUGAAAACACAAAAUCCAAAUCUGAAAGUUUUGUUAGCUGUUGGUGGGUGGAAUCACGAAGGUGAAGGAUCUGGAGGACCUUUCUCAAAAAUGGUAAACUCCGAUUUCAAUCGAAUGAAGUUUAUAAAAUCAGCUGUAGCAUUACUGAGGACACAUGAAUUUGAUGGAUUUGACUUAGAUUGGGAGUAUCCUGGCAAUCGAGGGAACUCUCCACCAGGAGAUAAACAAAAGUUUACUCAACUUUGUCGUGAAUUAUUAGAAGCUUUUAAAUAUGAUGCCAAUGUGAGGCAGCAAACAAGAUUGCUAUUGACAGCUGCUGUUGCUGCUGGGUACUCAACAAUUGAUAAAGCUUAUGAAAUUUCAAAACUGGGACAAUAUCUAGACCUGUUAAACUUGAUGACCUACGAUUUACAUGGUUCCUGGGAAUCAAUUACUGGACAUCAUACAGCAAUGGCUACUGAUGGUGCAGGUGCAGGUCGCGAAAAAUUGACCGUACCAUAUGCAGUCGAUUAUUGGAUCAAUGGAGGAUUUCCAGCAAACAAGAUUGCUCUUGGAUUGGCAACGUAUGGUCGUGCGUUUACCCUCGUAAAUGCUGAUAAUAAUGGCUUGGGAGCACCUGCAACUGGUGAUGGGCCAAAGGGUCCGUUUACAAAUCAAGCAGGUUCCUUAGCCUACUAUGAAAUUUGUAGCAUGAGAUUAAAUGUCGUAUCAGACAAUGCAGUUAUGGCUCCUUAUGGAUUUAAUAAGACAACAUGGGUUUCGUUUGAUGAUCCAAUGAGCUUGAUAUAUAAAGUGAACACUCAAGUAAAAGCUAAAGGAUUGGCUGGUGCCAUGUUUUGGUCACUCGAUACGGACGACUUUAAUGGAAUUUGUUCAAUGGGACGAUAUCCUCUAUUAACAGCAGUGAAAACUGCUUUAGGAGAAUAUAUUCCACCACCUGAACCCACGUUUGGACCAAUGCCAUCUAGCACAACAACAACCUCUACAUCAAAUCCGAUGUCUUCAAGCACUUCUUCAACCACGUCUACCACUGGUGGCAGUACUUGCCGGGGCGUUGGACUUUACGCUUCUAAUCAACGUAUGGUGGAAUGGUGCAAUAAUAACUGUGCCCUUGGUCACUGUCCGGCAACACAUUGCAUAUUAUUCCAAUUUCUGUUCUAUAGAGGAUUAUCAAAGAUAUUUGGAGUUAGACUUUUGCUACAACGUCAACCGAGCAAGCAAAUAUCUGUUUAUCAUCAGGGACUUAGGUCGCUCCACACACAGCUAGUCUCUCCACACUAUAUCAUUGCCUUUUCAUCUAUUUUGUUUGUGAUGUCAUGUAUUAGACAAAUGUCACGCUGUGGAGUGUCGAAAUGCAAUAUAGAUCCCAUCGGUACAGAAUAUUGUGAGGGUAAUUUUUACUCUUUUACUCUCAAAAUACCAAGCUACGUCAGCUUGCUUUACAAUAUGAAACCUCGUCUAUUACUUCUCGGCUCUAAUCAAAACCCGUCUCCAAUCAAAACCCGUAUAUCAUCAACCUGCACCAGGGCUAUUACGGAACCGUCCCGUCAGGAAGUCAUAAGCGUUGAAGGGCCCUUGGGACGAGGUUGGUCAAGAUGCGUUUCCAUAUGGAAUAAUGAUCUCACAAUGUUUUACAUAUCUGGGUGUAUGAAUAUAGAAAAACAGCAUGUAAAACUCACGUUUGUGAAAUACAGACUGUCCACUACGGCUAUUAGUUGGUGCGCAUCAAUUUUAUUUGAAGGCAAGGUAAUCUUUACAGAGCGACAAAAGCACGUUUUCUGUUUUGCUACAACGAACCUUGAGCUAAAGACAGAAAACAUGACGGCUGUCAAUUCAUCUCCGUGUUUUGACGCUACUGAUGACGGCUCGGUUUCAAUUUUCAGCAAGAUCCCUGUCAAAAAGGCUAGGGACAGUAAAAAAUCUCAAUCAAGUAGAGAUGGUUUAUUCCUCCAACGGAAUCAAGUAAAAUUCGGCGAAGUUCUUCUGACAAGAAAAGUUAGAAAAUCGUUAACGUAUCACAAACAGUUUCGCAAGAAACAUAACUGCAAUAUGAAGCUUUUUAUCGCUGCUUUAUUAACUCUGUGUGGUGUAGUUGCUGGUAACUAUGUGCGAGUCUGUUACUACACGAACUGGUCUCAAUACCGCAGACAACCAGUGAAGUUUUUUCCAGAAAACAUCGACCCUUCUUUGUGUACACAUAUUGCAUUUGCGUUUGCUAAAAUUAAUUCAGAUCAUACGUUGGGAACAUUUGAAUGGAAUGACGAGGCAAUGUACCAAAAAAUAAUGGCAAUGAAAACACAAAAUCCAAAUCUGAAAGUUUUGUUGGCUGUUGGUGGGUGGAAUCACGAAGGUGAAGGAUCUGGAGGUCCUUUCUCAAAGAUGGUAAACUCCGAUUUCAAUCGAAUGAAGUUUAUAAAGUCAGCUGUAGCAUUACUGAGAACACAUGAAUUUGAUGGGUUUGACUUAGAUUGGGAGUAUCCUGGCAAUAGAGGGAACUCUCCACCAGGAGAUAAACAAAAGUUUACUCAACUUUGUCGUGAAUUAUUAGAAGCUUUUAAAUAUGAUGCCAAUGUGAGGCAGCAAACAAGAUUGCUAUUGACAGCUGCUGUUGCUGCUGGGUACUCAACAAUUGAUAAAGCUUAUGAAAUUUCAAAACUGGGACAAUAUCUAGACCUGUUAAACUUGAUGACCUACGAUUUACAUGGUUCCUGGGAAUCAAUUACUGGACAUCAUACAGCAAUGGCUACUGAUGGUGCAGGUGCAGGUCGCGAAAAAUUGACCGUACCAUAUGCAGUCGAUUAUUGGAUCAAUGGAGGAUUUCCAGCAAACAAGAUUGCUCUUGGAUUGGCAACGUAUGGUCGUGCGUUUACCCUCGUAAAUGCUGAUAAUAAUGGCUUGGGAGCACCUGCAACUGGUGAUGGGCCAAAGGGUCCGUUUACAAAUCAAGCAGGUUCCUUAGCCUACUAUGAAAUUUGUAGCAUGAGAUUAAAUGUCGUAUCAGACAAUGCAGUUAUGGCUCCUUAUGGAUUUAAUAAGACAACAUGGGUUUCGUUUGAUGAUCCAAUGAGCUUGAUAUAUAAAGUGAACACUCAAGUAAAAGCUAAAGGAUUGGCUGGUGCCAUGUUUUGGUCACUCGAUACGGACGACUUUAAUGGAAUUUGUUCAAUGGGACGAUAUCCUCUAUUAACAGCAGUGAAAACUGCUUUAGGAGAAUAUAUUCCACCACCUGAACCCACGUUUGGACCAAUGCCAUCUAGCACAACAACAACCUCUACAUCAAAUCCGAUGUCUUCAAGCACUUCUUCAACCACGUCUACCACUGGUGGCAGUACUUGCCGGGGCGUUGGACUUUACGCUUCUAAUCAACGUAUGGUGGAAUGGUGCAAUAAUAACUGUGCCCUUGGUCACUGUCCGGCAACACAUUGCAUAUCGAGCAAGCAAAUAUCUGUUUAUCAUCAGGGACUUAGGUCGCUCCACACACAACUAGUCUCUCCACACUAUAUCGUUGCCUUUUCAUCUAUUUUGUUUGUGAUGUCAUGUAUUAGACAAAUGUCACGCUGUGGAGUGUCGAAAUGCAAUAUAGAUCCCAUCGGUACAGAAUAUUGCGGAAUUCUAACUUGUUCGAUAAUCAACAUUGAAUGCGUUUCCAUAUGGAAUAAUGAUCUCAUAAUGUUUUACAUAUCUGGGUGUAUGAAUAUAGAAAAACAGCAUGUAAAACUCACGUUUGUGAAAUGCAGACUGUCCACUACGGCUAUUAGUUGGUGCGCAUCAAUUUUAUUUGAAGGCAAGGUAAUCUUUACAGAGCGACAAAAGCACGUUUUCUGUUUUGCUACAACGAACCAUGAGCUAAAGACAGAAAACAUGACGGCUGUCAAUUCAUCUCCGUGUUUUGACGCUACUGAUGACGGCUUGGUUUCAAUUUUCAGCAAGAUCCCUGUCAAAAAGGCUAGGGACAGUAAAAAAUCUCAAUCAAGUAGAGAUGGUUUAUUUCUCCAAUGGAAUCAAGUAAAAUUCGGCGAAGUUCUUCUGACAAGAAAAGUUAGAAAAUCGUUAACGUAUCACAAACAGUUUCGCAAGAGACAUAACUGCAAUAUGAAGCUUUUUAUCGCUGCUUUAUUAACUCUGUGUGGUGUAGUUGCUGGUAACUAUGUGCGAGUCUGUUACUACACGAACUGGUCUCAAUACCGCAGACAACCAGUGAAGUUCUUUCCAGAAAACAUCGACCCUUCUUUGUGUACACAUAUUGCAUUUGCGUUUGCUAAAAUUAAUUCAGAUCAUACGUUGGGAACAUUUGAAUGGAAUGACGAGGCAAUGUACCAAAAAGUAAUGGCAAUGAAAACACAAAAUCCAAAUCUGAAAGUUUUGUUGGCUGUUGGUGGGUGGAAUCACGAAGGUGAAGGAUCUGGAGGUCCUUUCUCAAAAAUGGUAAACUCCGAUUUCAAUCGAAUGAAGUUUAUAAAGUCAGCUGUAGCAUUACUGAGGACACAUGAAUUUGAUGGGUUUGACUUAGAUUGGGAGUAUCCUGGCAAUCGAGGGAACUCUCCACCAGGAGAUAAACAAAAGUUUACUCAACUUUGUCGUGAAUUAUUAGAAGCUUUUAAAUAUGAUGCCAAUGUGAGGCAGCAAACAAGAUUGCUAUUGACAGCUGCUGUUGCUGCUGGGUACUCAACAAUUGAUAAAGCUUAUGAAAUUUCAAAACUGGGACAAUAUCUAGACUUGUUAAACUUGAUGACCUACGAUUUACAUGGUUCCUGGGAAUCAAUUACUGGACAUCAUACAGCAAUGGCUACUGAUGGUGCAGGUGCAGGUCGCGAAAAAUUGACCGUACCAUAUGCAGUCGAUUAUUGGAUCAAUGGAGGAUUUCCAGCAAACAAGAUUGCUCUUGGAUUGGCAACGUAUGGUCGUGCGUUUACCCUCGUAAAUGCUGAUAAUAAUGGCUUGGGAGCACCUGCAACUGGUGAUGGGCCAAAGGGUCCGUUUACAAAUCAAGCAGGUUCCUUAGCCUACUAUGAAAUUUGUAGCAUGAGAUUAAAUGUCGUAUCAGACAAUGCAGUUAUGGCUCCUUAUGGAUUUAAUAAGACAACAUGGGUUUCGUUCGAUGAUCCAAUGAGCUUGAUAUAUAAAGUGAACACUCAAGUAAAAGCUAAAGGAUUGGCUGGUGCCAUGUUUUGGUCACUCGAUACGGACGACUUUAAUGGAAUUUGUUCAAUGGGACGAUAUCCUCUAUUAACAGCAGUGAAAACUGCUUUAGGAGAAUAUAUUCCACCACCUGAACCCACGUUUGGACCAAAGCCAUCUAGCACAACAACAACCUCUACAUCAAAUCCAAUGUCUUCAAGCACCUCUUCGACCACAUCAACCACUGGUGGCAGUACCUGUCGGGGCGUUGGACUUCACGCUUCUAAUCAACGUAUGGUAGAAUGGUGCAAUAAUAACUGUGCCCUUGGUCACUGUCCGGCAACACAUUGUAUAUGUACCUAAAUUAAUUUAAAUGAAUAAAUUAUUUGAUUAUACAUCUUUCUAUAAUUUAUUGUUUUCGAUAUCUCUACCUUUUUGUUUUUAAUCGUAUUUCAUGAGAACCACUUUUUGACAUCAGGUUUGCAAAAUAAUAUUGUGCCAUCCUUCUAAGAUGGCAUUAUUAUAGUUAUUUUUAUUAUUUUUCAUUCUAUAUAGGAUUAUUAAAUAUACAAUUUUGUUCUUAACCUUAACUAAAACGUAAAAUUUUAUAAAACUUGAAUUCAGGGCCGUCGACGGUUUUUUCUUAUUGGAAACAGUCGCUCAACAGACAAUCAAUCGCUCCACACUUUAUCGUUGCCUCCAAGCUUUAACGUAUGCUCCACAUUAAAACAGUUGCUCUAGUAACUUUAACUUAUUAACUUUAAUCCAGCCUAAAUCCUUCACUUUUAAGUAUAUAAGAGCUCUUGUUACUUUUGUUCUUGACAUAUACAAAAUAUAAUAGUGUUUCUCUUUGACAAUUUUGAUCACAAUAUUGAUGAUAUUGUUUCGAAUAUAUAUAACAACACAUAUUAUAUGGGCAAAAUAAUAACAACUAU